AUGCUCAAACAACGUUUUGAGCACGACAACUCAGAUCUACGGGUGGAGGAACGCUGUCAGGUACAGUCAUCCUCGGUGUUUCGUUGGAUGUUGAAUGUUCCUAUCCCGGAAAUCAUUCUCCGUCCGAAUACAGCACUACCCUUUUUGAGCACCGAGAAGCUCUCUGCACCGGUCCUAGACCAAUUCGACUUCAGACUACCUUCUUGUGAGCUGGAACUCGACAUGUCGCAACAGGAUUUAAUGAAACGUGAUUCUGUCGCUUCCUCUUCACACACAAAGCUGAGCAUAUCGGAUCCUUUGUACCGUGUAGCAGUUCAACGGAAUGGCAUUACCUUGGAUUUAACUGGGAGAGCAAUAGCAGAAGAACCAGAUAUUAAGGAGCUGCUAAAUACAUAUGUUCUCAAGCCGCGAGAAGGAUCUCCGCCCCUGUCGGAUGAAGAAACGAACGAGGUGGUGAUGGUAGCAGGAGAUCUUAUGAACUAUGGUGAAGGAAAAUUAAUGAACAUCAUACACACCAGAGCGUUCCCUGUGAGGCGUCUUGGCGUCAUUGAAGGGGCCAACCUUCUGUGGACAACGGAGCCCUUACCAAUGAACCCCGAAUAUCUAUACCAUCUCGCUGCACCAAAACCUGACCGGCAUUGUGGCUAUGCUCAUGAAAGCGAGAUUUGCUGGAAGGACGAGGAGAUGAAUGUGAUCUGCCACCGGACGGCGCAGCCUUACACACAACCAACUAGAGAGAAUAUACUUCCGUUUCUGGCUCUUGAAUUCAAGGCAGAAGCUACUGGAGGCACGCUAUAUUGCUUUCCCCUCCAGGAACCGGCGACUACGGAUGCUGUCGCUUUCGUCGGAGCUGUCUCGUCACGAAUGGCCGUGUUUUAUAUUGUCUGGUACUCUAAUAUCAAAGCGCGCUAUAUCAUGUCAAAGAUCAAGGCAAUUUCGCUAAUGGAGGCCUUAGAUAUUCAACCGUGUAGGGAUCUUGUAAAUAACAUUAUGGAUUAUGGAAUGGGACAACGGCUGCGUCGCAUUCGAGAGGCGCUUGCCAAACUGCAUCCCAUCCCCCCGCACUGGGACGAAAUCUCUCCCAGCUAG